GGCAGAAUGCACAUUCAACUGUGCGAUCUCCAAUAGAAGAAGAUGUUGCCACGUGAUGUGCACUGGAUCAGCUGAUAUACGGUCACGUGAUUUUUAACAACAAGGAAGAAGCCGUUUGCACCGAAGAACAUACAGCGUUUUUUUUAUUUUUACAACGUUUAUAAUCAGUGAUUAUUAUGUUUAAAGUUCUUUAUUCUUCUUUUAAGUUUUCCUUGUCUUGAAUGCAGUAUUACAUGUUAAUAGAUAAUUUGGUUGUUAUUAAAUGUUCGCAACCUGACUAGAUACUUUUAUCUGGCAACAAUUCCUGCAGAAACCACAACAAUGAGCGCGUUUAGAAAAAGAGGAAGCGUUCUUGUUGUCCUUUAUUACGUCGGGAGUUUUCACGUCCUUUUCGGAUACAAUGUAUCCAGAGAAGAGCAGCACGAUCUCAGCUUGAACAGGAAAUGGACCAUACAGAACUCAAAUGGGUCUCUGUCGCUUCCUGCAGAGGUACCGGGGUGUGUACACUCUGCUCUCCUGAAACAGGGCUUUAUCAAGGAUCUCUACUUCAGGUUCAAUGAUGUAGCAUACAGGUGGAUCGCUCUUGACAACUGGACAUACACGACUACAUUUUCUGCCUCAACAGAGCUAAGGGCUAAACAAAGAGUCCAGCUGGUGUUUGAAGGAGUGGACACUGUAGCAUCCAUCUCUCUGAAUGGAGUUGUUGUGGGAAAGACAGACAACAUGUUCCGCAGAUAUGACUUCAGCGUAGGCCAGUUGUUGAGGGAGGGGGAGAACGUUGUGAAGGUGAGCCUCCUCUCCCCUGUCGUGUACACCUCAGAGAGGAGUCAGGCUCACUCCUCCUACAGCGUGCCCCCUGACUGUCCUCCACCCGUCCAGAAGGGAGAAUGUCACGUCAACUUUAUCAGAAAGGCUCAGAGUUCCUUCAGCUGGGACUGGGGACCGUCAUUCCCAACCCUGGGGCUGUGGAAGGGUGUUCAUCUGGAGGCCUUUGAUGUGCUGCGCCUAAUCCAUCUCUCUUCUGUACCAGUCUAUAACUCCUCUCUGUCUCAGUGGGUGGUAACGGUGGAAGUGUUGGUUGAUGCUGUGGAGGAGACGAAAGUCCAGGUCAACCUCUCUCUGAUGGAGCUGUCGACGGAACAAACCUUCAUGGUGGUGUUUCCAUCUGGGCAGAGCAAGAACACCUUGAGCCUCCAUGUCAACACCAGUAACCAGGUGAAGCUGUGGUGGCCCAUUGGCCAUGGUGAGCAGCACUCCUAUCAUCUCAGUGUGAGAGGAACCAUGCUGGAGGGAACAGCCAUACUCAGGACAGACACACAGGUGUAUUUCCGCACAGUAGAGCUGGUCCAGGAGCCAAUCGCUGGUUCCCCUGGGCUGAGUUUCUACUUCCGGGUCAACAAGAAGCCCAUCUUCCUGAAGGGGUCAAACUGGAUCCCAGCUCACGCCCUUCAGGACCUGGUCAGCCCUGCUGAUGUGAGGAACCUUCUACAGUCAUCCGUAAGCGCUAAUAUGAACGCUCUCAGGGUCUGGGGGGGAGGAGUCUAUGAGCAGGACAUGUUCUACUCUCUCUGUGAUGAGAUGGGGAUCAUGAUCUGGCAGGACUUCAUGUUUGCCUGUGCCAUGUACCCCACUGAGCCUGACUUCAUAGAGACGGUUCGAGAGGAGGUUGUCCAACAGGUGAGGCGCUUAAAGUCCCACCCCUCGGUCAUCGUGUGGAGUGGGAACAACGAGAAUGAGGCGGCCCUGGCCACUAAUUGGUUCGGCAUCCCCGUUGCCCAGCAACCCCGGUACCAUAGAGACUAUGUGACUCUGUAUGUGGACAACAUCAGGGCUAUUGUUCAGAAGGAAGACGGUAGUCGCCCGUUCCUAGUCUCCAGUCCCACUAACGGAGUAGAGUCUCAGCAGGAGGGCUGGGUGGCCCACGACCCCUACGACCUACACUAUGGAGACACACACUACUAUAGCUACAGCCAUGACUGCUGGGACUGGACGGCCCUGCCACGCACACGCUUCGCCUCCGAGUACGGCUUCCAGUCCUGGCCCUCCUUCUCCACCUUGCAGAAGGUGUCUGUGUCAGAAGACUGGAGUUAUGGGAGUAACUUCUCGUCUCACCGUCAGCACCACCAGACUGGCAACCAGCAGAUGCUGCAACAGGCUGGACUACACUACCAUCUCCCAGCCUCAGCAGAUCCACUGAAGAGAUACAAGGACACACUGUACAUCACACAGGUCAUGCAGUCCCAGUGUGUUAAGGUCCAGACAGAGUUCUACCGCCGCAGCCAGAGUGAGGUCAUCGAGGGCAAAGGUCACACCAUGGGAGCUCUCUACUGGCAACUCAAUGAUAUCUGGCAGGGCCCUUCCUGGUCCUCUAUAGAGUUUGGUGGGAAGUGGAAGAUGCUCCAUUACUUUGCCAAGGACUUCUUCUCCCCUGUGCUUCCGGUGGGCUUUGAGGACCAGGGUAGUCUGGUGGUCUAUGCUGUGUCUGACCUGAGCCACGACCUUCACCUCAGAACUGUGGUUUCAGUCCAUGAGUGGAGCAGUCUGGAUCCUGUGUGCACUGUGGCUUCCGGAUUGGUGCUCGUGGAAGGAGGAAGUGCUGAGGUCAUCCACAAACAGCCAAUCACAGCCCUGCUGGCGGGGUGUGGGAGCGGGAGCUGUACCCGCCUCACCUGUCUCCUGACCUUUCACCUUGAGGACGUCAACAGCCAGCAAGGUCCCAUUAACCACCUCUUCCUCAGCUCGCCCAAAAAUGCCCAGUGGAUGCUGAGACCCAACAUCACAGCCGAGGUGCAGCAGGACGAGAUGGGAGGAUACACCGUGACCCUGCAGUCCUCUGCCGUAGCAGCUUUCGUAUGGCUGGAUGUGGGGGACGUUCCAGGACGAUUCAGCACCAACGGAUUCCUCAUGGUCACCAGGAACAGAACAGUCACCUUUAACCCCUGGGGUCCCACCAGUACCCAGCAGCUAGCCCAGGCACUGACUGUUACGUCAUUGAGAGAUGUGUACUGACUAUCUUGCGUAUCAAAUGGUAUCCUAUACCCUACAUAGUGCACAACAUUAGACCAGAGCUCUAUGGGUUGUCCACAAUAUAGGGAAUAGGGUGCCAUUUUGGACGUACUUACUGAACCACUACCCAGUACCCAGGAGUUAACCCAAAACCCUCUCCCUAAGCUCUCUGAGAUGAGUACUGUGACCUUCUCCCUAACCUCUCUCUGAGAUGAGUAUACCUCCGGAAGUGAGGCUAAUUACUGAGGAUACCUCCAGACGUCAGGCUAAUUACUGAGGAUACCUCCAGACGUCAGGCUAAUUACUGAGGAUACCUCCAGACGUCAGGCUAAUUACUGAGGAUACCUCCAGACGUCAGGCUAAUUACUGAGGAUACCUCCAGACGUCAGGCUAAUUACUGAGGAUACCUCCAGACGUCAGGCUAAUUACUGAGGAUACCUCCAGACGUCAGGCUAAUUACUGAGGAUACCUCCAGACGUCAGGCUAAUUACUGAGGAUACCUCCAG